AUGAGAGCUGUCGCAGCUGUCAAAGAGCAGCGCGCACACGACUACGGCGGAACCAUUCAUUACCACACGGACCGCCUGGACAGACGGAACUAUCAGGCAUCUUUCGGCCAACUCUGCAACAAUAGCCUCUGUCUUCAGGAACGGAAAGACUCCGAAAAUCAUGUUCCGGUCUUGUCGCUCCAUGAGCUCGAGCGGCGCCAAAAGGUCGCCUCCCUUCAGCGAAUGUACAUCGCGAGUCAACAUUACCAGCCGCACAUUGAGCGUCCAGCAUCGUCAAACGGUACUAGAAGUAACCAGAACAUUGCCAGUUCUCGGAUAAGCUAUGAUUUCGGCGUGGACGGCCUCAAGGCUCAGCUGUCCUUCCGCAUUAGUCCCACCUCACCCCCAAGAAAUCCAUAUUCUAACCGGUUUUCAGUGCCGGCAGCAUGUCACGACCUGUCAUGUAACCGUCCGCCCCCUAAAGAUACUGUGCGAGUCAUCUACAACGAUACUUGCAUCCGUUGCCCUAGCCGUCAACUGGCUAGGGUCCCUCGAAACCAAAGACUUUCGAAAGUUCCUUUACCGAAGCUCAAAUUCUGCGCGAGACCCGAUGAUUUCGUGACGAAUUUCCCGCUGAUGGUUCUUCGUGGUCCUCUGAUGGGUAGUCACGUUGGCGAGGGCGAGCACGCGAUAACCUUCAAAACUUUGUACCCUCUUCCCGCCAAAACGUGUCGCUAUACCCUGAAAGUCUACGCUCUGCGAUGCCCCCCGCUGCCCGUCUUGAGACACGGGUCCUUCUACUGCACAAACGAGAAUCUCUGGGGCAGUCGAUGCCUCUUCAAAUGUGAUAAAGAUUUCAUGCUAAGGAGUAGCCUCACCAUGCCCUAUAAAUGCGUUAAACGGAAGCGUGAAGCUAUCUGGAAAGUGCCUGCUAUUCUCCCACAAUGCAUCGCUCAUGAAAGGCGACGACUAGCUUGCAGAUGGCCCCGAGCACCGAAAAAUGGCUGGUCAGCUUGUGGUCUUCGAGGUCGUUGGAAGAAGCGCCUUUUCGUCAAAGAGAAUGUCCCCUGCUAUCAGGGUUGUUCUGCAGGAUACGUACCUUCGGUUUCGUUGGAGCCUUUAAACAGGAGUCGGAUUUCGUGUGUCGGGGGCUCAUGGCGAGGCUUGAAAGACUUUGAGUGUCUGCCACCGACAUUCGACGACGUCGCGUCGUCUCGCGAAUGUCGAAAAAUCGCAGAAAAAACACCCAAUGUCCUGUGCCGGGAGUCUGGCGAGGACAUUCUCUGCAGUUUGGAAUGUCCGGAAGGGCUCGUGAUCCCACAGAAACAGAAAUCGAGAGGCGAGAUCCGCUGCGGUGCCCUCGAACCCGGAUAUCGAUGGCCGAGUUGCAGAGCGCGCACCCCGCCUCUGCUCGUGAGCGGCUGUAAGGACGAAGUCAUCAGAGACGUGACAUUCCCGUAUCCGAUCAAGUCGCCGGUCUUCAGAUCGGAGGUUGCCGGGGGGGAAGUCAAGGUGACGUGCGACAGAACCGUCAUCGAAUCAUUCGGGAAAUUCUCGAUCGCGUGCACGGCCCGUGACAUGGAGUUGCAGUCGGAGGCGUCGUGUACUUACACAAUGACCAGUCGAGCCACUUCGUGUGAAAGGUUCACGCCGGGUGAACACACCAUACCGAGAUGUCGCUUUCCGAGGCACGAAGUCGAGUUUGCUGAAACUGAGUCGUUCCCCGUAAAAUCCGAGUGCGAGUUCGUUUGUUCGCCUGGAUACGUGAUCGCGACUUCUCAAACAGAGGAUUUCAGCUACACUGUUUGUACAGAGGAAGGCGCUUGGAGUCUAAGCGACUUCAACAUUUGUCGACGAAAUUACCUGUAG